GCGAACAAGCGUGCUGAAGAAGCCGAGCGCACGCAGAAUGAGCUGCGCGGCGAGGGAGUUGGGCUGAUGCGUUCUCUCGACGAGAUGCGGAACAAAGUCAUCGAGCUGACAGAUGAAAAGGUUAACCUUGCCGAGCGGGUCGACGGCCUGGAGGGCGCUUUGCAGAACCGUGACUCAAUCAUCGCACAGCUGGAGUCCACUGUGGAGGAGCUGCGAAGUGAGCAGGACCACGUUCGCAAAGAAUGUGAUGAGGUUGCUGCUACUCUGGAGAAGGAGCGGGCGUUCUCCAAUCAGAACUCCUCAGAACUGCAGCAGGCAUAUACUCAGUUGCAACAUGAGCUUGAGGAGACGCGGAAGCUCAUCCAAGAGCUGGAGGCUGAACGCACCAACUACCACGAAAUGGCAGACCAUCAUUUCGCAGAAGUCAACCGCCUGACGUCCACCUUGGAAUCGCACAUGGACCAGCUCUCUUCUCUUCGCCAUGAGCUCGAGGAGCGCGAACGGGACGAGAGCGAAGUGCGGGAGUUCCUGGAGCGAGCUCAAGGCGAAACGGAAGCGCUCCGUGCAGAGCUGGCGGCGAAGAACGACGAACUCGAGCGCCUUCGGGUUGCAGCAUCUACGCCUACCAGUCCUGGACAGCACUCUCUGGACGAGGAGAUGCUCAGCGCGCUCAAGCAACAGCAUAUCCUCGAACUGUCAGCCGCCCAGUCUCAUAUUCGCACCUUGGAGACGUCCGUAUUUGAGGCCGAAGCGAAUGCCCACGCGUUGCAGAGGCAGAUCACCGCCCUGGAGGACCAGCUUGUGCAUGUCCGCUCCUCAUCCAGGACGUCGCAACGGUCCCCUGUGCCUCAUCGCCCUUCCAGUCGCCCAGUCGACUACUCCGACGAGUUGCGGCGGGCAUCUUUCGCGUCACAUAAGCCUUCUCACCUUGCAACGCCGAUAUCGUCAACAUUUGAGGGUCUAUCCUCUGAAGCGUUGCACAAGCGGCGUGUCAGCUUGAGUAUGCUGAAGGCUCGUAUCGACAGCGAGGUGGCAGCAUCUAGUGCAACAACGCGGUCAUUCCCCAAGGGCUCGUCUCCGGCCUCCAAGACUUCUGCAUUCCCCACUGUCGCUGAACCAUCCUCCUCGCUGGACUCGCCUUGGCUCACCAAGAAGCUGCAGUUCAUGGACGAUUCCCACAUAUUCUGGUGCCACUGCUGUCAGGGUGAUCUUGUCAUUCUAUAGGACUGGAUAACUGUAUAUAUACACAGGAGUGGAUUGUAUGCCCAGCUAUG